UGUUUGAUUGGAGUUCCACUUCUUUUUCUUUGUAUUUAUGUAUAGUUACUUUAACCUAACAGAUCUGAUUAAGCUAUGAUUUUUAUGUGAAAAACUCCUCUUGGGUAAUGUAUAUUAAAGUACAGUUUCAUUUAACACUGGCCAAGUUUGAUACAAGAAAAUGGCCUCAUAAGACUGAAACAAAUAGUUACUGGAACAACCCCUAAACCCCUAAAGGACAGGAACAUUCCUCAUGGACACCCCUCCAACCUGGGCUGGUUUUCACAAUUCAGUGAAAAUAGGUCAUGUUCCAUCAAUUUCUCAACUCUGCUUUGACCAACUACUUAACAUGUAAUAGCAUCACACUUAUCAAUUCUUCCUCUUCAAUCUUCUGCCACCGUGAACUUUGGAAAAUUUGAAAUUUGAAAUUAUAGGUCAACUAUAGAAGCCACCUGCCUCUACAUUGCAUCAACUAUAGACACCAUCCACCCUAUAAGGGUUAAACCAGUAAAGUGCCUGGAAGGCGAUUGACGAGCGAAGCUGUCAGUAAUGAAACAGUGGAAGCACCCUGCAGAUUGUGCACUUGACUAAUAUUCAGAUCACUCUAGCAAAAAACAUUGCAAGAGUCGAAUGGUUGUGCUAUGUACUGUUGGAUAGGAAAUUUCAUUUUGUGUUUAUUGGUGUCCACUUUUGUUGAGACAAACAAAAGUUGAUGAAAACCUGCAAAAACUGAAGUUUGGUUUACAAAAUCCCAAUUUUGACACACUUCUACUUUUUACAAGUUACCCUUUGACUUCAGCCAAUAGAAGAGAUGAAAGCUAUAUCAUAUAAAAUUGAUAGAGUUGUGUUGUCAUAUGGUGCAAAUUUUGUUACAAUCGGCUAUGUUGUUGAAGAGAUAUUAGUGUUUGAAGAGUGUUAUAGUUGAGCUGGGCUGGAUCAGGCAGCUCAAAAUGAAACAACAAUCUCCUUAGAAAACUUUGCUUUGCUUUAUAUAAAAAAUCUGAUGUAAAUCAAGUAAAUAGAUUUUUUAUUUUAUUUGUUUUAAAUCAUGAUUUUAUUCAACUCUUGUACAAAUAUGUUUUGUUACUUUUGUUAUGUUAGUUUUAAUUGCAAUGUUGCUUUCAAGGGACAAGAAUGUACAGCAAGAACUUGCAGAACUCGGACAGAAGUGAAUUACUGGAUCUGAACACCUGAUUAGGUAAAGAAGCACAGCUGCACAAGCAAAGAAGAAACACUACUACCAUGAAUGCCCAAGACUUGUAUGACAAUGUGCUGCAGGGAAGGGAGUCCCAAGAGUGACACCACCAUUGAUGAGACACCCGAGGACAACCUCUGGCUACAACUGGGCUUUACUGUGGACUCUGAGACAGGUGUCUACUGCCUCCUCCUGAACUGCUCUGAGACUGGGGAAACUGUCUGGAAGUCCUCAGAGCCUGAACCCACCUCUGACAACAAGGAAAGCCCUGGUAAGGAGGAGGAGGACAGCGAGGACAGCUUAGACACCUUGAACGACACCCUGGACGAUAUGAUCCAGGCCUCCCAGCUUCAUCCUCAACACCCGCGCUCACUACAGGCACCACGGGUGAAAACAUGGAGGUGGACAACAGUGUGGAGAUCCCUCUCAACAAGGCUACCAUCCUGCGGGGACACCAGAGUGAGGUGUUCAUCUGUGCCUGGAACCCAACCACUGACCUUGCCUCAGGGAGACAGCAUGGCCCGCAUCUGAAACAUGAAUGACAGCACCACCUCCCUGAACCAGCUUGUUCUGCAGCACUGCAUUCAGAAAGGAGGCACUGAGAGGUUCCCAGUAACAAAGAUGUCACUUCCUUAGACUGGAAUUGUGACGGCACCUUGCUCAUCACAGGAUCUUACGACGGUUACACCAGAGUUUGGAUGACAGACGGCCGACUAGCCUCCAACUUCGGCCAGCACAAGGGUCCCGUAUUUGCCCUUAAGUGGAACAAAAAGGGCAACUACUUC